AGGUAUUCAAUAUGUCAAAGAGAACAGUGAGCGAAGCGGAUCUCGACGCAGUAAAUAGGCAGAUGAGAAGUCUGCGUAAGAAACUCAGGAGACUAAAGCGGGAGGCGGCCGAAGAGGUUACCGAACCUCGGGCCGCCAUUGUUAUCGACAAGCCACCGGAUCGAGAGAACGCUACGGAAACGACUGCCACAAGUAGUCUCGUAGAUGACCUUGUGGAGGAGGACGCAAGUGAGGAGGACGAAAGAUCAAAUUCGUCUACCUCCGACGGAGAAUCAGAUGCGAGUGUGGAGGUUAAGGCGAUGACAGGCGAGGCAGCAAAGGUGACGGAAAGCCUCAGCAAUGAAACUCGAGAGAGGUUAUGCUUAAAAACAGAACCAACGCAGUCGGCCGACAUCACUCUACAUCCAGUGCUGGUUACCAAAUGGAUGCAUUGGAUGCGUAAGGGGCUCUACGAAGGGGAUGAAGAAGAUCACAAAAAGAGGGAAGAAGAAGAGAAGAAAUUACGCGAAGAGGUUAUGAAGAAAUUCCCUAGAAAGGGAAUUUUGCAUGUUGAAGCCCCUAAGUUAAAUCCGAAAAUCCUGGCUUAUAUAUCCGGAAGAGCAAAGAGUAGAGACCAGCAUUUUGUGUCUUCUCAGAAUGCAUUAGGUUCGGCGAUGGUGUCUAUAGCCACAGGUAUCUCCUUAAUUUUGGAACUUGAAGAAGGGGACAUCUCGAGUGGGUACUUUUACAAUAUUUGGGUAAUGCGGGCAAACUCUUAGCGGGUUUGCAUUAUCAAC